CACUCGCGCUCUGAUAUUUCCCAAACCCCCUUCCAAAACCCUCGCGCACCUCAUUAUCAUCGUCUCUCCAAUUUGCAACCGCUCAUUUCACAGCCAUGUCGACCUCAUCGGCGGCGAUGCUGGUCCGAUCACUCCUGUCUCUCCGAUCCUCACCUUCGCUGUCGUAUCUCUUCGUCCCGAAGCGCCUUCUCUCCACCGCUUCCACCAUCGGCCGUGCACCGCCUCUCCCCGGUUUCGCCCGCCCGGUCCGGUCCGCCCCCUUCCUCUCGCACUCUGUCCGGGUUGUUAUGCCCGGUGCCGCUCGGAUGAACGCCGUCAGGUGCAGGGUGAACCGGUCGGGGGGAUCGACGUACUCGCCGCUCAACUCGGGGUCGAACUUCAGCGACCGGCCGCCCACGGAGAUGGCUCCCCUGUUUCCUGGAUGCGAUUACGAGCACUGGCUCAUCGUGAUGGACAAGCCUGGUGGCGAAGGGGCCACGAAGCAGCAGAUGAUCGAUUGCUAUAUCCAAACCCUAGCCAAGGUCGUUGGAAGUGAGGAGGAGGCUAAGAAAAAGAUUUACAAUGUGUCUUGCGAGAGGUACUUUGGGUUUGGGUGUGAAAUCGACGAGGAAACAUCAAAUAAGCUUGAAGGCCUGCCUGGUGUUUUAUUUGUGCUUCCUGAUUCAUAUGUUGAUCCUGAGAAUAAGGAUUAUGGUGCUGAGCUGUUUGUGAAUGGAGAGAUUGUUCAAAGAUCACCAGAAAGGCAGAGGAGGGUGGAGCCAGUGCCUCAGAGAGCUCAAGACAGGCCAAGAUACAACGAUAGAACCCGAUACGUGAGGCGCCGUGAAAACUCGCGGUGAUCCAUGAUCCAUGCUCUGUGAUCCAUCCAUGAACAAGCCGUGGGUAUUAUUGGAUGGGGUUACGUUCAGGUGUCUUGUUGAUGUAAUGUGCUUGAUUGUGUGACAGAACCUUAUACCUUGGAAACUCGUGUGGUAUCAAGCACUUUAAUCGAUGUGGCAACUGUAUGUUCUUUUUUGUUUCUUUAUUUAGUUAACUACUAUACAGCUUGCCCUAAGUUCAGUAUUUACUUAAGAAAUCAUUAAUUAUUGCAUCA